GAGAAUGGUGGUGGUGGGGUUUCCACUUUCCCUUAUAAAGUGGCAUCAACAUUCAACGUUGAACCUCGAAGAAACAUAAAUGGCAGCUACUCUCAACAAUCUCGCCGCCGUCCUCCUCCUCCUCUCCGCCGCGGCCACUUUCCUCGCCGGCUGUUCAUCGGCGCAGAAGAAUCCGCAUGCCUUCAUCAUACCGGUGGCGAAAGAAUCAUUCCCGUACAACAACGUCCUGUACUCCGCUACUGUCGGAGUAGGCACUAAACCGACGGUCUCGAUCAGCUUUGUCGUCGAUCUCGGAGGAGGGUUCUCUUGGUUCGUGUGUUCCGCCGCCGCACGGUAUAACUCCUCCUCGUACCGUGGAAUCGCUUACACCUCUCCCAAAUGCAAACUCGUCGAGAACCCAGCUAUGAGGAGUAACUGCUACCCGAACGGCACCUGCUCCGACCCAUUAUGCGCGGUAGAUGUGAACCAUCCUUACAACACUCGAAACUAUCACGCCGUCCUGUCGCAGGACGUGAUGAGCUUCCUAUCGACGCCCGACGGCCUUAGGCUCGGUCCCCGUCUUGACUCUCCUCAGUUGGUGUUCGCCUGUGCCGACGACGAGGUUUUCGAGUAUCCUUUCCCGAAAUCAUCCAUCGGAGUGCUUGGUCUUUCCAAAAACGUUCUCUCUAUCCGUAGUCAGCUCACUUCUGCCUUCAAGCUUCCGCGAAAAUUCGCUCUCUGCCUUCCUUCCAAACCCAAAACGUCAGCCCGAGGCGACAUUUUCAUCGGAGGAGGUCCGUAUUUCUAUCCUCCGUACCGAGGAGACGCUUCCCGACUGUUCGCGACCGCCCCCUUGUUCACCAAUCCUUACUACUCUACGUUGCCUUUGAUGAAUGCUGCACCCUCCAACGAUUACUACAUCGGCGUGAAAUCAAUCGCGGUAGACGGAAAAACGAUUCCUUUCAAGAAAUCUCUUCUGUCAAUUGGCAAAGACGGGAAUGGCGGCACUCAGCUCAGCACCAUAGCAACCUAUACCGCCAUGCACCCUGCCAUCUACAAACCUUUCUUUAAAGCCUUCAUGGCUAAGGCCGUGGAGAAGAAGAUGGUCCAAGUGCCGACGGAUAACAGUUUGUAUCCGCUUGACACGUGCUUCGACCGGAAGAGCGUGAGACGGGGAAUCGCCGGACCGGACGUGCCCGUAAUCGAUCUGGUGUUGGAAAGCGGCAGGAAUUGGAGGAUCUACGGAUCGAAUUCCAUGGUGGACUACGACGGGAACAGGACGUGUCUGGGGAUUCUUGACGCGGGGAAAGAAGCUCGAGCCGGGAUCGUGAUUGGAUCACUCGCGCUGGAGGAUACGCUGGUCGAGUUCGAUCUUGAAUCGUCCAAGUUCAGUGCCACUUCUUCACUUCUCCUUCACAACACAUCAUGUUCUCGUUUCAGGACAGCUUGAUUGGUUUGUCUUAUGCUGUUGGGUUCUUUUCUAAGUAAUAAAGUUGUUACAUUUUAA